AUGGGGAAAACCGAGGAAAAAGAAAGGCGGGAAGAGGAAUCCGAUAACGAGGAGCCCGAAAAAGCGGGAUCAGGAGCGGAAGGUUGGGCAUGGAAAGAGGCGGGGACAGCGGGGGAAGCACGGAUAGGGUCAGAGACGGGGGGAGAGGAUCAGGACGGGGAAGGGGGAAGGGCGGAGACGGGGGCAAGAGACGCGGAAGGAGGAGGCGGAAGGAAAGGGGAAGCAACAGGGGAAGGAAAUGGGGAGAGGAAGGUAGACGGUGAAAGGAAAGGGGAAGGAGGAGGGGAAUCAACGGCAGUACCGUCAGAAUCAUCAUCAUCAUUAACAGCAGCAGCAGCAGCAGCAGCAGCAGCAGCAGCAGGAGGUGGGGGGGCAAGGAGGAGCGCUGAGAAGGACAGGUGUGCGGUGGAGCAGGGCACGUGGAAAAGGGACAACACGUACCCGUUAUACGCCUCCACGUGUCCUUAUAUCGAGUCCCGGUUCGCCUGCACUGGAAGGCCGUUCUUUGAAUUUGCCCAGUACCGCUGGCAGCCUGCUGGGUGCCUGCUGCCGCGGAUUGAUGCCGGGAAGCUUCUCAGCAGCUUCCGGGACAAGCAUGUUGUGUUUGCAGGCGAUGCUGUGGCGAAGCAGGUGGGGAUGGUGGGUGGGGAGAAUGGUGUGAGAAUGAAUAAUGUGAAUGUUCCUUUCCCUCCUUUGCCUCGUGCGGUGGACCCACUAUGA